GACGAAAUUGACGCGAACGGCGCCACUUUUGAAAUUUGUUUUUGAUAUUUUGUGCUUCGCACUUCUUGUUCUUUAUUUUCUUGAUUCGCACUGUGUGUUUGCUCUGUGUCUUAUAAUUUAUUACCUUACUUAGUCGAAUCUUGCCAAAAGGUUAUAUUGAUAUUAUCAAGAGAAAUCCAAAAUGGAGAUGGAUCGAAGCACGUUGAAGGAAUAUUUUGAAGCCAAGCGGGCCAAAUCAAAACUGGUGCUGGAGAAGAUGACGGCACAUCUGGAUAGGCGUCAGAUAGCGCUGAACGACGCCCUGCUGGAGUUCACCAAGCAGGUGGAGCAUUACCAGCAGCUGCAGCGGGUUGAGGCGGAGGCUCGCCGUGCCAGACACGAGUGGCGGAAGGCCGAGCAGGAGCUGGCGGACAUGGAGGAUAGGAAGGAGGCCGUCGCCGAGCAGCUGGAUCAGUUCCGCAGAGCGGCGGCGUCGGCCCAAGCAGAGCUCGAAGUCAAGACGGAGAACUACCGCAAGGCCACCGGCAUGCUGAAGACCUACAUGGGCAUUGAGGUGCUGAAGGAUAGUAAGAAGGCCACGGAGCCGGGCGCUGUGAGCCGAGUCAUCACACUGACCCGGGUCGUCGAGAGCGACCCAGAGCGGCCGUUCCACGUACGCUUCAUGUUCAGCGGCACCAAAGUGACACUGGGCACCACAAAGCCGUCAUUGGGCGACAUCUCAGACAUCCAGACGGAGCUAGACGAGAGCGGCAACCUGGCGCUCUGCAUGGUGCGGCUUCGAUCACGGUUCCAGGCGCUGGCCCGCCAACAAGCCGAGAAACGCGAGCGUCGUGCCGCCGCCAAAGCCGCAUCCGCCGCCGCCCCUGCCGCCCCUGCUGCCGCCCCUGCUCGCGUCUGAGGUCCGUGAAUGGGGGACAGGGGCCGAGGGAGUGAGCGGAAAGUCGCCACUGACGGAUGAACCGUUGGAUUGUAUCAUGUGUGGAAGUCUGAGGCCAGACUUUGUGGACUUUGUGGACGUGAGAUCUGUGCGCUUAUGUUUCACUGCACUUGUGUAUAGCUUGCUUAGCGAUGAUAGUUUUCUUCGUAGGACUGUCUUGGCUAGAGACUAGCCUGGAGAUUGCCUAGAGUAAGACAAACAGUUAAUUCAAUACUGUAUAUUGUCUGUACAAAACACUCGUACUCUGUUUAGCAUAUGCAAAUGGUCACUAUAACAUGGAUGAAGCGAUACGCACGCGCGCGGUUAGUUUUAAUAAACAACAUGACCUAGCGUAA